CACACUGAGGAUGGAAAUGAAAAUGUUUUUUCUGUUGCUGCUGCUCGUCUGCUCCGUCUCUACAGCUGAGCUGCAGGCUCAGUCUGACAAUGACAUCCUGUCACAUGUAAGGCAAACUGAGGGCCAAGUGGAGAAGCAGAGAGUCUGACUGAGCAGCAGACCUGCACACAGGACAUCAACGCUGUUCUGAGAGAGAUGAGCGCCUGGGUGGCUGCACUGAAGGUGGAGGUGCAGCACCUGCAGAGAGACAAUGAAGCACAAGAAACUCAGAUCAAAGAACUGCAGGAUCAGAAUCAAGCUCAGGCAGCAGAACUGGCUGCUGUUAAAGUCACUGCUGAAAACCAAGUGGAGGCUCUGAAGAGAGAAGCAGAAGCUCAGGCAGCAGAACUGGCUGCUGUUAAAGUCAAAGCCAACAUGACUGGAAACCAAGUGGAGGCUCUGAAGAGAGAAGCAGAAGCCAAACGACUGGUUUUCUCUGCCUCUUUAUUGGCAUCGGGUUAUGGACACACUGGACCGUUCAACACCGACAUCACUCUGAUCUUCAGAAAUGUUGUUACUAAUAUUGGAAAUGCCUACAACCCAAAUACAGGGCUGUUCACUGCACCAGUGAGAGGAGUUUAUCACUUUGAGUUCCACAUUCAUGGACAUGGAAGUUCUUCUAAUCCUACAUCUGCUGUGUUGUACAAAAAUGGAGAGCACAUCUUUAUGGCAUGGACAACUCAUCCUGCUGGUGAUCAAAAAGCUUCUAAUGGCGUCUCACUGCUGUUAGAAAUUGAAGAUGUUGUAUUUUUGCGAAUGUUGGCCAAUUCAAGGAUUUAUGACAAUACAGAUCGUCACACUACAUUCAGUGGUCAUUUACUUUUCACCAUCUAAAAUAAUUAUUUUAUUACAACAUGUGACUGUAGCACAAUAAACCCCAUCUACAGCAAAGAUUAAUGAUGAAAACGAUUCAUUUGUAAAAUAAAGUUUAUUACAGUUUAGUUCAUCCAGCCUGCUGGUUUCUACAGCAGCCAUAAGUAACAAAUCUGUGCUGGAGAUUUGAUGUUAUUGUUGCUGUAAUCUAAUUAUAAAUCACAACUUCAAAACUGAACCAGAUCGUCUGAAUUAAAGUGUCAUUUACAACUUUUAUGAAAGCUGGAUGAGCAAACUGUCUAUUUGAAUCACAUUGUUUCUUUAUUUUCCAAAUUAAAAGAAUAGUGGAAACAGUAAUAAGAGGUUUCUGUCAAAUGUGUACAAUUCUAGUCUAUUACAUUAACUGUGUGAUAAACAUAUUAAAUGGUUUAAAAGAUUA